CCUACCACACACACACACCCUCACAGUUCUCUCUCACAGCGCGGGGACCGUCAGAGCUACUGCUUUUUACAGCGGCCGGAGUGAGAGGAAAAAGAGGAAGAGAAGAGGACAUUCUGAGUGGCAAAGAGCCAGGAUUGGGAACAAAGAAAAGAGAAGUAGCUGGAAAGAGUGAGGCAGAAAAAGUGAGAGAAACCUUAAGGCAGAUAUGAGGGGGGUGAGUUUACAGGAGCUGUGAAGAGGAAAGGGUGUAUCUGUUGUUCACACAUGGACAGGACUGAAAAAACAGCCGGCACCAUGUGUUCCUAUGACUUACUGAUGUGAGCCUGAGGGAUAAGUGGAGAAGAGUUCUCAGGAAAAAAUGAGGACAGAGCAUGUUGUUUGGGACGAAGAAGGGACGCCAAGCUUUACCCGGAGAUGCUUGCAGCCGGAUUAUCAUGAAGGAGCGGAGCUUUUGCAUCUCACAGUUGAGGAAGAUCAGUAACAGAGGAACCCAGACUCAUGAGGAGCCUGACAAAGGUCUACUGGACUUUACAUCAUUAAAAAAGAAGAGAUGCCAGGUAGGACAGAAGAAUGAAAGAGGAGAUUAAGGCGAGACAGACUAGAGGAGAUAAAGUGAAGGCUAAACUAAGGCAAACAGUUUGAUAGAUGGAAUGAGUAGUAGAGAAGCAGGCAGAAAUAAAAUAAAAAUACUACCAUUAAAGAAAAGCCAGAAGAAGAUACCGCUCGAGGAGAGUAAAUGUCUAGAAGUAUCCAGAGAAUAGGUGAUCUCAGGUUUUGAAGAUCAGCAAAAAACAGUAUUCGCGAUGUUCAUGAACUUCCGUCGUAUUCACAAGUGCCAGUGCGUGCAGCUGCUGACCGCAUGCAUGGUGCUGUGUGUGGUGAUGGUCAGCUGGGAGGAGCUGGACCACCAUGUGGUCAGCCACAUGAGAUCCUACACGUAUCGCUACCUGGUCAACAGCUACGACUUCCUCAACUCUUCCUUCAACAUCACCUCCAACCGUCACAGAAAGGAUGGUUCUACUAACGGGUUGGUGACCUACCCGUACCUCAUCAACCAUCCAGGGAAAUGUGCAAGGGGAGAUGGGAAAAGCGGGGAUGACGUGCUCCUUCUUCUAUUUGUGAAAUCAUCGCCAGAGAACUUUGAGCGGCGCCAGGCCAUCAGGGACACGUGGGGGAACGAGAGCUUUGUUUGGUCCGAACUGGGAGCCACUGUGAGGAUGGUGUUCGCCCUCGGUGUGGACGCAAAGCGGAGAUCCAGGGUGCAGAGAGCACUGCUACAGGAGGACCAGACCUACGGAGACCUGAUCCAGCAGGACUUUUUGGAUACCUUCCACAACCUCACAGCCAAACUGAUCACGCAGUUCCACUGGGUCCACGAGUACUGCCCUCAGGCGCAUUUCCUCAUGUCUGCAGAUGACGACAUCUUCGUCCACAUGCCCAAUUUGGUGAAGUACCUAAGGCAGCUUCUGAGUAAUAAAUCAGGGGUCAAAGACUUUUGGGUGGGUCAUGUACAUAGAGGAGCCCCUCCAGUUCGCCGUAAAGAAAGCAAAUACCACAUCCCCUAUGAUCUGUACCCCUGGCCUUCCUACCCGGACUACACGGCUGGAGCGGGGUACGUGGUUUCAGGAGAUGUGGCUGCUAAGAUCUACCAGGCCACUCAGGUACUGAACUCCUCCAUUUACAUUGACGACGUCUUCAUGGGGAUUUGUGCCAAAGCCAUGGGGGUCUCCCCCCAGGAGCAUGUGUACUUUUCAGGUGAGGGCAAGGCUCCAUAUCACCCCUGCAUCUAUGACCACAUGAUCACAUCGCACGGUCACGCCACAGACGUUCGGUCACUGUGGCAGGCAGCUACAGACCCUGCAGUGUACGGCAAGUCCAGAGGAUUUAUGGGUAAUCUGUACUGCACAGCGGUGAGGGCGAUGAUGCUGUGUCGGCCAUAUUACCAGAACUCUUACUCCUGUAUGGCUGCUUUUACAUGAUCCUCAGGUAACGCAAGGACUGCUUAAUGCUAAAUGUUUGCAGACAAACAAAUGAUGGAACUUUACUCAAAGAGUCUGCCAUGCUAUUUUUCUUUAAUGUGAUAUUUAAGUGUUUUCUUGGCUAUUUGCUCUAUGGUAAUAAAGAUAAAAGCUCUGAUAAGCAAACACA